GCACGUUUAAGAGAGAAAGAAAAACAGAUUUUAUUUGAACCCUGAUUUUGCAGAGUACCUAUGAAACGAGUAUAGUUAGAUUUCGCGACUCCCCACUCACCACCGCUGCCACCUGAAUUAGGGUUUUUGCGCCCAAAACCAUGAAACUAGCGCCAUUGAACACCGUGCAGAACGCCCACGACGACUCCAUCUGGACGGCGGCGUGGGUGCCGGCCACCGUGGAUUCCGGGCCACUGCUGUUGACGGGCUCCCUUGACGAGACGGUGAGGCUGUGGAACCCCAAUGGCCCCGAUAAGUUGCAGACUAACACCGGACAUUGCCUCGGCGUCGUCUCCGUCGCCGCCCACCCCUCCGGCCGAAUAGCCGCGUCCGCCUCCAUCGACAGCUUCAUUCGAGUCUUUGAUGUCGCCACCAACAACACCAUCGCCACCCUCGAGGCUCCGCCCUCUGAAGUCUGGCAAUUGCAAUUCAAUCCCCAGGGUACAACACUUGCAGCAGCUGGAGGUGGUAGUGCUUCAGUGAAGCUGUGGGAUACUGCAGAGUGGAAGCUGAUUGCCACACUAGAAGCUCCUCGACCCGAAGGCUUGAAACCAUCAGAGAGAAGUGGGAGCAAGAAGUUUGCCCUGUCCGUGGCAUGGAGCCCUGAUGGUAGACAAAUUGCCUCUGGCGCAAUGGAUGGCACCAUCUCUGUCUUUGACGUGCCCCGUGCUAAAUUCAUGCACCACUUGGAAGGCCACUGCAUGCCCGUCAGAAGUCUUGUGUACUCAUCAGCACCUCUCGAUUCAAGAGUGCUCUUCUCUGCUUCAGACGAUGGUCAUGUCCAUAUAUAUGAUGCCGAGAGGAAAACCUUGAUCACAUCGUUGUCGGGCCACUCUAGCUGGGUGCUGAGCGUGGAUGUCUCCCCAGACGGAGCAGCAAUAGCGACAGGUUCAAGUGACAAAAGCGUACGCCUAUGGGAUCUGAAGAUGAGAGCGGCCACCCAGAUACUGACUAGCCACACUGACCAGGUUUGGGCAGUGGCAUUUGGACCAUCGUUACAGACAGAUGUAAGAUCUUGCCUGCUUGCCAGUGCGUCCGACGACAAGAGUGUAUCGUUCUAUAAAUAUUCCUGAAAACAGCUAACUCGGUGGAAGAUUUGGAAACUGAUUCCUCCCCAUUUGGUUGAGAUACUGGUAAAAAGGGGAUGUGUUUGUUUUCUUGUUAACUGUGAGCAAAUUGGUGUAUGUAUACCUGAUACUUCGACGUUGGUUUUAGUUCUCCUUUAGAAUGAAUUUAUUUGAUGGUA